GCUUUAGCAGUCUACUGUUCCUAUUGAUAAAAAUCACUAAGUUAGGUGUAGAGAACUGUGAAAGAAUGAAGUGUUAUUUUGCAUUAUUUUGUACAAUUUUACUAUGGAAUAUUGUGCAAUCCGGAGUAGUGAAACGUAUGAAUUACGAAUCGCCCUUCCAGUACAUGGUUGAAAUUUAUUCAAAUGGUGUGAAGACUUGCGAUGGUACAGUUAUCAGUAAGGAUUGGAUUUUAACUACGGCCAACUGUACUCAUGGAAUUAACAAGGGAAACAUCCAUGUUAGCGAAUGGGAUGGUCCUAAGCGGUCUGUAUCGGAAAUAAUUGAACAUCCUAAUUAUGACACAGCGACGGCUUACGGUGUUGCUUUACUUAAAUUGAAUGAAAGUAUCGAUUCGGAACCUGUUAGACUUCCAGAGCCCGGUGUCUCUGUUGACGCAGAUACAGCCGCCCAUUUUGUAGGGUGGAGAAGAAAACCGGAUGGAUCAGGCAAAUGCAUUUAUGUUAAUUCUAUGUCGCUCCUUGAUAAGAAUUUAUGUGAACACCCGAUUCUGAAUGAAAUUAUUUGUGCAGAAAGAAUAUUCUCAAGCGAAGACUGUCCUAACGGUGGUGAACCAUUGAUCAUUGAUGAUGUGCAAGUCGGAAUAGCUAUGAUUGGGUCAGAAGAUUGUAAUCGUAUAACCUUCAUUCCAAUAAUUCAGUCUGAAACCAGGGAUUUCAUUAAAAAGACAGCCGGCAUGUAAUAGAAAUUUUAAUGUCACCCUCUAUGUACUAAACAAUAAUAUCAAUGUCUUGCUAUGCACUGUAGAUAAAAAGAAAAUGUUUUACAGAGCGUUUGACAAUAAAAGCAGUUAGAUAUA